AUGAUGAUUUAAAAUAACCUUAUACAAAAGACCCCUACUACUAAUAAUUACAACCUGAGUAAUGAUUUCUUAUUCUUUAGUCCGAAUGACUCUUUUGAUAUGGAUGAUGAAAUUCAUGAUAUGAGUUUAAGCUUAAUAAUGAGAGACUUAUAAACAGAUAAUUAUGAAUAACCCAUCAGUGGACACACCAACUAAUCUAACAAUUACAAUAGCAAAAUAAUUAGUAAUUAAGUCCAUGCUGAUUUGUAAAUCGAUUCAGACUAAGUAAAAAAAGUAGUAUUUAAAAGUCACAAAAAGAGAAUUGAAACGAAGUUGUUUGUGCUGUAAAAUCAUUAAUAACUUGAAGUUGAGGCCGAAUCACUGGACAAGUAAAAGUUUUCAGAUUCAAAGAUGAGCAGCCAGGCAACUGUUUCUACUCAGAUCUCUCAGAGAAAGAUGUCAGAGGAGAUUUCAGCAUAACUCAGUCCUAAAUCAUCUGAAUUGGAAUAAUAAAUAUCAGAUUCUAUUAAAGGCAAGCUAAGCAAAAAUCUUUUUUCUCUUAAAAGAAAAAGUGGAUAGAUAUUUAAUAAUAUUAUGGGAAAAUUGACAAGUAACAAAAAUCUCUAGAAGAUCGAAAAUUUACCACUGUAAAAAAGCAACACUCUUGAUAAUUAGUAAAAAUAGAAUAGCAUUUUCAGAUAAAAUUCAGUUCACAGUUAAGGGGUUUUUAGUUAUAUCAACUCGAAUGCACCUUCUAAAACUGCACAAGAAAAGUGCAAGACAUUUUAAAGGAAAAACACAUCUUCAUCAAUAAAUCCCUCCAUUAAUGAUUUAGCAUCGAAGAAUCCUCAAAAGUUGAGAGAAAUGAUAGUUGAGUAAUACAAAUAAAAGUAAUAGCAAGGUCUAAAAUUUCUAGAAACUAAUUAAAUCUUUAAGAAAGGGCUACUCAACUUGUCAUUGUCCAUUUAUUUUGAAUAUCAAAAUAGCAUUGAGGUUCUUAGGGAAAUGAACAAUGAAGAAAAUAAAUAUUAGCUUCAUUAGAAAAACUUUAAAAUUCAAAAGCAAGCCAAAGUAAUUGAUUGUUUUGCAAAAUUACCUUAGCUCAAUUAUAACUCAAAAAUAUCAAGUCAUUAAGAGCUAUUGGAAUUACCAGAAUCCUAAAAUUAUAGACUACAUACUUAAUAGAACCAUAAUCUUGACAAUUUAUUUACUUAAGGAGUUGAAGAAUACGAAGAAAAUAAAGAAGAGGAAUAUGAUUAUUAAAGUAUUGAUGACAUGCCUUCAAAGUCAAAGCCUAAGAAGGGUAGAAGGUUCUAGGAUUUCCUCACUCCUGAAAAGAAGAGGUAAUAUGCAUUGAAGUUGCAGAAUAAAAAGAAAAAGAUACAGUGA